CCUCAUCCUCAUCCUCAUCCUCAUCCUCAUCCUCAUCCUCAUCCUCGUCCUUUUCUUUCUCGGCCUCUUUCGCAACUGGUGUGACAACACCGCGGGGAAGGCCGAGGCCCCAGCAGCCGACCCUCCCGCAAGCGCUCAUGCAGUGCUGAGCUCGCCCUUCCCGUUGCCCCGCAGCCCCGCCUGGCCCAUGGAGUUCGUCCCGAGCGAGCCGUCCGAGACCAGCUCAAAGACGAAGAAGGAGAAGAAGGACAAGAAAGCGAAGAAGGAGAAGAAGGACAAGAAGAAAAUCGACGAGGAGUUCCCAGACGGCGGCUUCGGAGACGGCGGCUUCGGAGACGGCGGCUUCGGAGACGGCGGAGCCGCUGGCUUCGGAGACGCUGGCGGCUUCGACGCAGAUGCAUCCGGAGCAGGCGCAGCUGCCUUCGGCGGCGACGCGGGCGGCUUCGGGGACUUCGGCGGCGGCUUCGGCGGCGGCGACGCCUUCGGCGCCGAGGGCGGCGGAUUCCCCUCCGCCGGGGACGCGCUCGGCGGCGGGAGCGACGCCGUCUUCGGCGGCGAGGCCGGCGGCUUCGGCGGCACCUUCGGUGCCGGCGACGCCUUCGGCGCAGCGGCCGGCGACGCUCCGGCGCCCAUGGACGCGGCGGCCGCGCCCCCCGCGGACGCCGCGCCCCCUGCGGACGCCGCGCCCCCCGCGGACGCCGCGCCGGCAUUCGAGGGCCCCGUCCUGCGCCUGAGAGUGAACGCCGGGCAGGGCCUCGGCGGCGGUGAGCGCGCCGUCAGCCCGUUCGUCGUGGCGAGCGUGGGCGACCAGGUGUUCCAGACGCCGGAGGUCGCCAGCAGCCCGGACCCGGUGUGGGAGGCCGACAACGAGUUCACGUUCCGGCUCACCGGGGAGCCCCAAGGCCUCACGCUGCAGGUCUACGACGGCGCUGCCGCGGGGGCGCCGCUGGGGAGCGUCGGCCCCACCGACAUCUUCUCCCUGGGCCUGCAACCUGGGGAGCCCCAGGAGUUCCCCGUCACCCUGGAGGAGGGCGUCGGCGCGCUCAGUGUGUCGAUGGUCCUGGAGGACACUGGGGCGCCCUCGUACUCGCCAGAGGAGCAGGAGUACUACGCCCAGCUCUUCCAGUACGUCGACCGUGACGGCAACGGCGUCAUCGAUGGCGGGGGGGGCGCGGCGUUCAUGAUGACGAGCGGCGUCCCAGAGGAGACGCUGAGCAGCAUCUGGCACAUUGCCGACAGGGACCAGAACGGCGUCCUGGACCCGAGUGGAUGGAGCGCGGCCAUGCGGCUGGUGGCGCAUGCGCAGGCUGGACAGGAGCCGCAUGCGGGCCUGGUCGCGGUGCAGCCCCAGGCGCUGCCAGACUUCCAGGGCUACAGGAGACCACGGGGCCCCGACGAGGUCUCCGAGACCGCGCCAGCGGCGGUGGAGCCCGAGCCAGCGGCGGUGGAGCCCGCGCCAGCGGCGGUGGAGCCCGCGCCAGCGGCGGUGGAGCCUGAACCAGCGGCGGUAGAGCCUGAGCCAGCGGCAGUGGAGCCCGCGCCGGCGGCGGUGGAGCCUGACACUUUCGGGGCCACCGACGCCCUAGGCGGGUUCGGAGCCUUCGACGCCAAUGCAGACGGAUUCAUAGACGCGGGGGAGUUCGGAACACCAGGCGAGGUCGGGGAGGCCCUGGCGAGGCAGGUCUCACAGGUCUCAGAGAAGAAGCAGAAGAAGGAGAAGAAAGAAAAGAAGAAGGACAAGGAGGAGGAGGAGGUUCGCUUCGACAUCUCUAGCGACGCCCGUGCCGCCGAGGUGCAUCAGGCGCUGGACCGCGCGAAGGGCACGAGGACGCUGUUUGUCACCAUCAACAACGCGUACAACCUCAUGGGCCGGAACGUGGGCCUGAUGAAGUACACUGGCGGCCUCUCGCGCUCCCCCGACUUCGACGUGGAGCCGUACGUCGUGGUCCAGAUCGGCAAGGUCAAGCACCGGACCCCGUCCGUCAGCAUGGCCUCGGACCCGAACAACCUGAACCCCACCUGGAACACCGGCAACGUCUUCACCUUCUACCUGGAGCCCCUGGACACCUUGCUGGAGCUGCAGGUGUUCGCCGUCUCCGUGCCCGGCGCCGCCCCGUCCUGCCUGGGCAAGGUGCGCGUGGACAUCGACGGCCUGAACAGCGGCCAGUGGCAGAGGCGCCGCGAGAAGCUGCAGGACGACAGCGCCUACGCCCGCGUGGCGCCGGCAACUCCGGAGCUCGAGUUCGACCUCCGCCUGGAGCUCGUGGACUUCGAGAAGGCGGUGCACAACAUGGAGGGGGCGGAGGACACCGCCGCGGAGAAGGUCUCCGACUACAAGCUGCAGCUGCAGGCGGUGAAGGACCACAUGAGGGCGAUGAGGAGGGCCGACGGGGAGGCCGCGGCGCACGUGGCCAGGGAGACCCAGGAGCUGCAGGACGAGGGCGCCGAGGCCCAGGAGGAGUUCGAGCAGAUGGAGCCUGGGGUGGCCCGGCAGGAGCGUGAGAAGCACGAGGUCAUGGGGAGGCUCCGCGAGGUCGAGUACGAGAUCCUCAAGCUGAAGGAGCAGCUCGACGCGGCCCACGGGCAGCGGCGCGGCCUGGACCUGGAGAGCCAGAAGCUGCUCGGGGCCCGCAGCCACUUCGCGGCGCAGCGGAGGUUCUUGGAGGGCAUCGCCAAGCUCGAGCAGCAGCUGCUGGACGCUAUCGUGGACGUCGGCGACCGCCUCCAGAAGUCCAACGACGACAUCGAGGUGGACACCAACGUCCUGAAGCAGCAGCAGGGCGCGCUGCAGCUCCAGGUGGCGAGGGAGAGGGAGCUGGUGCAGCAGGAGGUGCGGAGGCACUCCGAGGCGGACAACAAGCUGCGGCGCAUGCGGCGGGAGAUGCAGGCCUCCGAGGUGGAGUUGAAGGAGGCCGCGAUGCGCGAGAGGUACUUCCGCCAGAUGCAGCAGGACACUGGCACCAACACGUGGAGCCCCGUGGUCGCUGGCGCCGGCUCGGCCCAGGGCGGCAACCCGUUCGGGACACCAUCGAAGGCCGUGUUCGCCAGCGCUGGCGGCGUGUCGCUGGGCAGCCGGCCGGACGUGUGAGAGCCCCGCUCGGCCGGCCAGCCAGCCAGUAUUUGCCAGCGCCGUUUCAGGCCGCUCCUCCUCGGCCUGAAGACCUCAGGCGAGCAUGGAACGGCCAGAGACGGAGGUGCUUCCGCUGUCUACUCCCGACCCUUUCCCAGGGACUGCCCCGCCCAGGGGCUGACAGAUCCGCGAGGAUUGGAGGCCUGGAAAUGCCUCGAGGCCUGCGAGGAGAGCCUCCUGCGCGGCGCGACCUUUCUCGCGACGGCGGGAGGUGUCCGCGCGGUGGCCCGCGCGGGUUGCACGCAGAGCGCGCCAGUCAGGCCAGGGACGCGAGGCCCGCAAAGACCGGUUGCCAAUGCCCGCGGCGCCCGACGGAGAGCGCAGGAUGGUCCCCGACUCACGCCCCGCCUUGUGCUGCCUGCGAUGCUGCUCCUCUUCGCGGCCACGCCUCC